GGGGAACUUAUUUUCCUUCGCGCUUCCAGUGGUUUCGAGCAAUUUCUGUGCACGGCGGAUAAACGCAGGAGCACCGCGAGAGACAGCAGCAGUCCAGAGUCUUCUAGAAACAACGUGCACCGGCGAGAGGCACCAGCAAACAAACCCGCUCUCUCUGCACAACCUUACACAUUAAAACUCUGGACUAAACAUGGCUAAAUGGGGAGAAGGGGACCCUCGUUGGAUUGUGGAGGAGAGAGCCGAUGCGACUAAUGUCAACAACUGGCAUUGGACUGAGCGCGAUGCAACAACCUGGUCGUCUGACAAGUUAAAAUUCCUGCUCCUCGGUCUGAGCGUGGAGAACGAAGAGGGGAGUUGUGAGGUGACCGAAGUCACCAAGUUGGAGGGAGAGGCCUCCAUUAACAACCGCAAGGGGAAACUUAUUUUCUUUUAUGAAUGGAACCUGAAAGCUACCUGGACCGGAGAGUCAAAAGCAGGAGUCAAAUAUACAGGAAGUAUUGAAGUCCCGAACCUUUCUGACGAGAACGACAUGGAGGAUCUGGAUAUUUCUGUAUCGUUGAACAAAGACGAACCGGAAACGCCACUGACCAACCUGAUGAAGACAAAAGGAGCUGAGAAAAUCCGCGAGGCCCUGGGAAGCUAUGUGGGCUUCUUAAAAACUGAGUUCACACAGGGAAUGAUCCUGCCGACAGCCAACGGUGUGGCCAAGGUGCAGUCCACGUCCCAGUCCAAAGCCAAGCAGGAUAAAACUCGGAUUUCCUCCUCAGGCGGCACAACGGCUCCAGUCAACACCGGCGUCAAGAUCCCCACCUGUAAGUUCAGCAUCAAGGAAAAGUUCCUCGCCUCGCCGCCGGAGCUCUACCGGGUCUUCCUCAACCAGGAGAUGGUCCAGGCGUUCACGCACGCCCCCGCUUCAGUGGACGGAGAGCGGGGGGGAAAGUUUCGCCUCCUAGAAGGAAAUGUUUUCGGUGAAUUCACAGAGCUGGUACCUGAUGAGAAAAUAGUCAUGAAGUGGAGGUAUAACAACUGGCCCUGUGAGCACUACGCAACAAUCACCAUGACGUUCCUGGACCGGAACAGCGAGACGGAGCUGAAGGUGGAGUGUCGAGGCGUCCCGGACAACGAGGAGGAGCGGACGAAAGAGGGCUGGAAGAGAUACUACUUUGAAGCCAUUAAACAGACAUUUGGCUAUGGAGCGCGACUCUACUGAAGACGGCUCACUGUAGUUUGUGCUUUUCAUCCGUUUUUGACAUUUUUAAACUUCUUGUUCUUCGAUCUCUCUGGCACACGAUGUCCCAUAAAGUCUAGCACGAGUUAAUGUUAGAGACGAUGAGUGGGGCCAUUUGUCACCCGUCUGUCUAAAUGUUAUAAUUUUUCAUCAUAUUUAAAUCUAGA